CUUAAUCCUUAUGCCGCAGAUGUUCCGGCAGGGGAAGUUGUGUGAGAAAGAACCAAGGAUUUGUAACAAUUUCCAUCAUUCUGGUUUUAGAUCCUCUUCUUUCUGUUACACAUAAUGUGUUUAGGUUAUAUUAUGGUUUAUAUGUUCGCUAUAAAUUAGGAAGAAAUGAGUAAAUCAUACAAUUACGGUUAUCAACCACUAGAUGAAUUUUCUACUCGAGACAAAGACGAUACUGGAGUACACCACAAACUAAGAGAAUCAUAUGAGCUGGAUGAUGUUGGUGAACAUGAGAAACCAUCCUCUGAGUCUAGUGGCAGUUCCCAUGUGCAUGGAAUUAGUGUUCUAACGGCUGGAAUUUUUAUUAUUGGAGAAAUAUGUGGGGCCGGUGCAGUAGCAUUUCCAGGAGCCAUGUCAAAAACGGGGCUUUAUGGUUUGCUUAUCAUUGCUGCUGUUUUGGUGAUGAGUGUCUACUGCGGACUGUUGCUUGGUAAAUCCUGGAAAAAAAUUCGAGAGCAGAAAGAAAGUUCAGAUCCUAUCAGAGAUCCCUAUCCGUAUAUUGGAGAAAUCGCCAGUGGAAAGAAAUUACGCAAUGGAAUCACAUUCUGCUUAAACACGCAACUCUUUUUGACUUGCGCAAUUUACUUACUGUUAGCAUCUGAGAUUGUCGGUUCUUUCAUUGCAUUCCAUGCUGGUCAGUUACAUAGUGAGGCUAACCUUCGACUGUGGCUUGUUGUCAUUACCCUAGUUAUCCUACCAUUGACAUGGCUUGGUACGCCAAAAGAUUUUUGGUUUAUAGCUUUAGCUGCUGCUGGAUCAACAACGAUAGCUCUUGUAUUAAUAUGGGUAAAAUAUGGCAUUAUUGCACCAGAUGAUUUAGGUGAUGUAAAGAAGGCUGAUAUUACGUUUGGCACGCUUGCAUCUGCGUUUGGUACGUUUGUGUUUGGAUUCACAGGAGCAAGUCUGUUUCCAACAAUACAGUCAGACAUGAAAAGUCCGAACGAGUUUGCUAAAGCAGCUUAUCUUGGUUAUUUUGGAAUUUCCUUGCUGUACAUCCCAACUGCAAUUGGUGGCUAUCUCACCAUUGGUGCAAAACUUGAAGAUAGUAUACUGACUACUCUAUCAAAUUACGACAAGGAUCAUGGCACCAAUCGUGUUCUUGUUAGUGUAGCGGAGUGUUUAUUUGCAACGCAUUUUUUGUCUGGUUUUGUUCUGAUGAUCAAUCCUCUGUUGCAGCAACUUGAAGCGCACUUUGAUGUUCCAUAUGAAUUUUCACCAAAAAGAGUUGGCCUACGAUCUGCAGUCGUGCUCUGUAUAUUAGCUUCCUGUGAAGCAUUCCCGAAGUUUGGUCCUAUAGUUGACUUGGUUGGCGGCUCCAUCAACGUGUUUCUCUGUUUCAUAUUUCCAAUAUGGUGCUACCUGAGGUUAUAUCCGGAAACAAGUAACAAAGAACGUCUUGUAAUGUUUGUCGUUGGUUUAGUAGCGACACUAGCUGGCGUCGCGUCGACCGUCUCUAACUGUAUCAAUAUUAAGGAAGCUUUUCAUAAGUUAUAUUUCGCUCCAAAUGCUACUAAACAUUAUUAGUUUUAUUUUUAUAUGAUAUAUUGUUUUUGUAGGGUUAAAAUCUUUUGAGGUUAAGAACUUUUGCGCGAUAAGGAAAGCUUGUUAAAUUUUACAUUUCAUGAAUAUAAAAUAUCGCAAAUGGCGAAGAGGAUUUUUUUUUGCAACAGAAAAAUAUUUUUACUGUUUUGUUUUUUAUUUAAAACGGCAUCAGACAGCGCUCUCGAUAGGGCUUAGAAAUUUCUAAGAACAUUACGAUUUUUAAAAAUGAGACUUGCAAGAGUUUGACUACGAAAGUUUUUAACCUCAAAGUAGUUUUCAAAUCGUUUUCUGGAGAUGUGGUUUUUGCUGCGGGAAAGCAAAGUAGACAUGUAAAAAGGCUAUAAUAAUAAGUUUAAACAGACCGUUUAGUUAUGAAAAAAACUUAUAAGUUUCGUGCACGUUAAAAUAAAAAGUAUAAGUUUUUUUUAAAAAAAUUUACAAUGAAUACCAAAGAAAAACAUGUAAAUUUUUCGUUGCGGGUAUUGUUAUAGCAGCAGCAGCAGGGUAAAUGUUGAAAGAAAAAAAAGCAGUAAUGGUUAAAAAUUCAAAAAAUAUGCUCAAAUCUUUCCUUUUUACACGGUAAGUUUUUUUUAUCUUGCAUUUAAACGGUCCGUUUAAUCUUACCGUGUAUUUUAGCCUUUACAAACAAUCAAAAAUAUUAGCAUUGAAAUAAGGUUUUACAGGGUUUAAGAGAAUAUUUCUUUUCAGAUUUUUUUAAAAUGUUGUCAAAAUAUUGACAGCGGAUUGUGUUUUAUCAAAUACCUUGCUUGUGAACUCAAUCUGGUGUUCACUGUACCUCUAUUGAACAUGUCAAUAUUUAGUUAGGCAGUGUUGUUGUUUGUUAAUAUAAACAUUCAGUCACUUAUUGGGGUAAAAUAUUUCACACAGAAGCAUAAAUUUAUAUAUUUAUUGUGAAUGGCAAAAUAAAACAAGUCUUGAAAAAGUUUAAAAUGACUAAAAAUGUGACUUUAGUGGAAGAAGUACUAGAAAUGAGUUAAGUUUCCUAAUAAUGACAAGCUUGUGAACUUUAUAAAGUAAUAAAACUUCAUAAAAUUAUGAAAAAUUUAAAUAGUACCGAAAAGGAAAGAAAUUUUCGCGGGAAGAAAUUUUCGCGUAAAUUAUUUUUUUGCGACACAAAGCUAUAAAAGUCAUCCGAACUGCAAAUAUGAACAUUUCUGAAAAAAUUAGAGGACAUUUUCGUUUUUAAAGGUUUGAGUAAAUGUCAAUCAAUUUCGCGAAUUGCCAUUUUUUAUUUUUUUACAUGGAAGAAAUUUUAGCGAAUCGGGAACUAUUGGCAAAUUUCGCGAAAAUUUCUUCCCUUAGGGUAAAUGAUAGGUAUUGACUUUAAAAUGGUGUGUAUACAUUUUAAUAUGAUCAAGCUCGUCUAUAAUAUUAUUUCUCUGCUAGUUUCACGAAAAACAAAUAUUUGUUUGUUUUUAUUACUCGUUGUUGUUGUUGUUUUUGUUGGGGUGCAAAUAUAGUAAAUAUUUUUGUAAUGG